ACUAGGUUUUAGAGCAGACUGAUGCGAGGUGCAGAGCGGUCUCCGAGCAGAGAGAAAAGGCGCUGGCGCCCCAAAGCUGGAACGCUGGGGUUCGCGCGCUGCCGCCAAACGGAAAACGGAAGUCCUGACCGGCGGAGUCCUGCGUCCUGGCGGAAGCAGCGUUCUUCCCGGAGCUGUGGCCCCCAGACCUCGCACCCCGGCAGCCUUGGUUGGAUGCCGGGAGCUAAGGGAGCAUCCACAUCUGGUGUUGAUGUUGAAACAUGCCUUGUUAGCAUAUUAAAAUGGCAGUACCCAAAGACGCCAUCCCUUCCUUAUCGGAAUGUCAGUGCCAGAUUUGCGUGGAUAUCUUAAUUGAGCCCAUAACCCUCCCUUGUAACCACACACUCUGUAAUCCAUGCUUCCAAUCAACUGUAGAAAAGGCCAGUUUAUGCUGCCCUUUCUGUCGCCGCCGGGUCUCUUCGUGGACCCGAUAUCAUACCCGAAGAAAUUCUCUUGUCAAUAAAGAACUGUGGGAGAUAAUUCAAAAACACUAUCCAAAGGAAUGCAAGCUGAGAGCCUCUGGACAGGAAUCUGGGGAAAUCGUUGAUGACUAUCAUCCAGUUCAUCUGUUAAGUAAACCGGGGGAAUUAAGAAGAGAAUAUGAAGAAGAGAUAAGCAAGGUGGAGGCAGAGCGAAGAGCCAAUGAAGAAGAAGAAAACAAAGCCAGUGAAGAAUAUAUACAGAGAUUAUUAGCAGAGGAGGAAGAAGAGGAGAAAAGACAGGCAGAACAAAGGCGAAGAGAGAUGGAAGAACAACUGAAAAGUGAUGAAGAACUGGCAAGAAAGCUAAGCAUUAAUAUUAACAAUUUCUGUGAGGGAAGUGUCUUGGCUUCUCCCUUGAAUUCCAGAAAAUGUGAUCCCAUUACAGCCAAAUCACAAAAGAAAAGUAAGAACAAACAAACAAAUACUGGAGAUAUUCAGAAGUAUUUGUCACCUAAAUCUCAAAUUGGGUCAGCAUCACAGCCUGAAAUUAUACAAGACGUCAACAAAAGCUCCAUGUCUAAGGAAACUGAAAGAAGGGAUGUAGAUAGCUGUACAUGGCAAGACACAGAAAUUGUGGAAGAUAUGCCAACACUUUCUCCACAAAUAGGCCUUGAAGUUCAAGAAGAAGAUGCAAAGUCUUCAGUAGAGACUUCUAUGCCUCAGUUAUGUGCUAGUAGUACAGCGUGGAACCAUGAAGAAGUCAAAAUGACACCAAACAAUCAUGAUAAAGAGUUAUGUGUCAUAAAUCAUGAGGAACCUAAAACCAGAGUUCCCUACUCUAAAGAAGCUGUAGUUAAGCCAUGUGACAAAUCAGAGAGUGGGUGCGAUAUGUCAGAUAUGGAACAGACCAUUGAAAAUAACACGAUUGACAUGGAAAAUGAAGAGUCUCACCUAUUGAUCAGUAAAGACAUUUCCAAAAGAAAAAACCAAGAGUCUUCAUUUGAAGCUGUCAGAGACCCAAGUUUUUCUGCAAAAAGGAGGAAAAUAUUCCCCAAAGUUUCCUCAGACCAAGAAGAAACAGAAAUUAGCUUUACCCAAAAACUGAUAGAUUUGGAACAUCUGCUUUUUGAGAGACAUAAACAAGAAGAACAGGACAGGUUAUUAGCACUACAACUUCAGAAAGAAGUGGAUAAAGAUCAAAUAAAGCCAAAUCGGCAAAAAGGCUCCCCAGAUGAGUAUCAGUUACGUGCCUCAACCUCACCUCCAGAGAAAUUGCUAAAUGGACAGAUGAAGAAUUCCAAAGAUAGGAACUUAAAAAAACAAACUGAUAUACAGCACACUAAACUUCGGAGAGGCUCAACAAAUGAAAAUUGGCAACCUCCUUUCAAGGUCCAGUUGAAACAUUCACUUAAUGGGAGAAAGAUGUCAAAUUCUACUAGAGAGAAUUGUAAUGUACCUAAAAACACCCAUUCCCUACAGUCUAGUAAGUCACAGAGAAGUAUUUUUCAAAUGUUUCAGAGAUACACAAAGUAACCUAUGAGUGAAGGGAAUGUUUUAUAAUCUAGUAAAGCUGGGUUGUGAAAUUAUCACAGAACCUUUAUAAAUAUUUCAUUAACUCUUCUCUGUAGGUACACUCAUUGUCUUUAAUUGAAGGGUUAUGUGAUUACUAAGGAAAUAGACAAAUGUGUUUCUGCCAACAGUGGUAAGCAAGAGUCCUGACCCUUUUCAUUCUUAAUAACUGAUCUACUGAGUUUGACAAUCCUUAUGUAUAUAAAAAUGCUGUGGUCAACUCCCAACAAAUCUUCAGGUACUAUAUUCUCUUUUCCCAAAAAAAUGCAUGUUUGUAGCAUUUGCUCACCUUUUUGUCCUGACUGUAAUCAAAGCAAGAUUACACUAUACUUAGUAGUUAAGAAGUUCAUGCAGGGUUUAAAAUCUGUGUUUUCUUGCUGCUCUCCCCUAUAUUUGUAGAACACUUGAAAUUGCAUCACCCCUAACACUAAAAUCAUCUCAUGUUAAUUUCUACUUUAAAUACUGUAGUAUUUAAAACAGGUUAAGAUCAAUGAAUGUCAAAACAGAAAAACCACAGAGUUCUCUGGAAAAUUGGAAAUUAGUAAAAGAAGGAAACUGGACUCUUGACGCAAAAGGACUUCUCAGGUAGAUGAUGCUAAGUGGGAUGGAUUGACAGUUUGGAAUCAUUGGAACUGAAUGGAUGACGUGAGACUGUCAGGAUGGAGUCAGAAGUAUAAUUUGAUAGAACAUUCUCCUUUGGCCUUCCUUUACUAAAUGGCACCAGAAAUUUUUAAGUUUUACAGCUUUUCACUCCAUAUUAUCUGGGGUCAAAAUAAAAAAUUAGUUACAAAAUUACCAGAAAUUUUUGAAAAUUUACUGUAAGAAAUAUAUCACAGUAUGUUGUAGAACCUGAGACAUAACCAUGUGUUUAUUGAUUCUACUUUUGUGCUUAUAGACAGAAAUGGAAAGUCUGAUAUUUGCGUUUUGCCCUGUCUUACCCCUAAAAGUUAAGUCAGAUAAUACCGAUUUCACUUUGUGAAAUUUAAUUUAGAGGCUAUUAAUAUUUUGUUUCACUAGUAUGAAAAGUGAGCAGACAAGAUUUGACAGCAUUUCUACUGAUGUCUAGUUAUCAGUCCUUUUAAUUAAAAUUUUUUUAAAAUUAAAAUUUUUUUCCUCCAGAUUUUUUUACUGAAAGUCUGUUAAUUUUUACAUACUCACUGACAUCUACUUCCAAAGUAUUGAUUAGUAAUUAUGGGUAGAAUUCUGAUACUAAUUUAAAAAUUAGUUUGCCCUUUCUCAAAAAACUUACUUUGUUCUUUAAAAAAGGAAAAAGUGAUUUUCCUCUGCAUAAGAGUGUGCUCAAAUGCAGUAUAGACAAAAACUAACCAAAUUUGUCUAAAAUAGACUAGAAACUUAGUUCUCAUCAAAACAAUAUUUUUCUAAGAGCAAAUUCACUUUACAUUUUAGGGUGGACAUUGUUGAAAUGCCUCAAAUUAAAUUAUGUCAUUAAAUCUUUCUAGAAUAGUACAUAACCAAACAAAAAUAGUGGAUUAUAUUUAGAAUUUGUAUAUUUAUACAUUUUGUUGUCUGAAGAAUUCUCCCUGACUAAUGUUGGUUUUAAGAUAAAUUUAAUUUUUCUGUUAGUUUUUGAUAGCCCUGCCAUCUAUGCCUUUUCAUUAGAAAUUAAUGUUUGUGUCCAACAUUUGAAUACAAUGAUUUUUGUGGAUCAUGAGAGUAUUUAAUUUCUCAGGGAGUACUAGAACUUGUAAGAAUAUGAAAAUUAAUUACUAAAAUUAAAAGUGGAGUAUUAUAUAUGUAUGUCUCACCCCAGUAAAAAAUAUAAGUUACAUAAAAGUAAAAAUAUGUAAAUAACAAACUGAACAGGAAGAGCUAAUUUCCUUUAUAUUAAGUAUCUGCCAAUACAUUAAAAAAGAAAGACUAAUAGCUCCAGAGGAAAAUUUUAAGUUUGUUUCAAGAAACAGUUCCCAGGAAAGGAAAUAGAAAUGACUCUUGAGUAUGUGAAAUGAUACAUUAUGUCCCUGUACUAGUGCUCACACAUGCUCUCAUACAUUCUCCACCUUUAGGUUAGUAAAGAUAAAGGUGCUUUUGGGUUUUUUUGCCUUGUUUUUUCAUUUGGGUAUGUAUUUUUAAUUUUGAAAAAGUGGGAAAUUUAUGUGUUGCUUGUUAUAAAUAGAAAAUUGGAAUCCCUAUGAAGGUAAACUUGGCAGUUCUACCUCUAGGAAUUUCUUAAAGCUCUCUUCACAUAUGGAAUGUUAUGUUCAAAAGCUUUUUGUAUAGCAAUGUUUGUAAUAAGUUUAGAAACAACUUUAAUGUCACAUCAUUUGAGAGUAAAUAUAUGAAGGUAAGAUGAAGUACUGUAUAGCCCCAAAAAUGCUGGUAUAAAAAGAACUACUUGAAACAGAGUUAAAUAAAAGUAUGUAAGCUGUAGAAUAGCAUAUGCAAUGUGCAACCACUCAGCCAAAACAGUUAAAAUAGGUAUAUAUAUGUUUUCAUAAAGUAUCUAGAAGGAAAAGCAAAAAAAAAAAGUAGGAGACAGGAAGAGAAAUGAGGUGACUGGGAAAUAAGAAUGAGAAAUAACUUCAUUUUUAUACUUUUUGAAUCAUGGAAUACAUCAUUUGUCAAAAAUACAUGUUCUUAAAAUACUGCAAGGUAAAGCUUAUACAUCUCAGUUGUACUGCUCUAGAUUUUUUUGUUGUUGUUGUGUUAAUAUUUUAAGAACCAUAAUUCAGGAAGUUUUCUUAGUGUGAAAAAAUAAUGUAAAUUUUUCAAAAUUGGGUUCAGUGUGAGCCUGAAUUUAUUUAGCUUCAGUGUAGUAUUUUUAAAUCAUUUGUAAAGCCAGAAAAGCUUUCCAGGUAGCAUUGCCUUCAGCAUACAGUCUUGCUGAGAACAAUGGGAAACAUAGAAUAGUCUGCUUGACAGCACAAUGUGGCUUCUGAGACAAUAAGGAUGGGGCCCUAUUCUAGAGAGGGGAGAUUGAAGAGAGAGGAACUGAUGUUUACAGUCACUUCUUCACUGGUAGUAUAUGCCUGUUCUCAAAGAAGGCCAAAAACCAGGGCUGCUGCUGGUAAAUAAACCAAGAGAGCUGUUGGCCAUCUCAUGAAACUGCAGUUGUUUUCUAGAAGACAGAAAAAAUCUGAAAAACUGGGAGUUGUCAUCAGGAUGAUAGUGCUGAUGAGACAAAA